CAAACUGCCCACUCCCCAUACGAUUUUACAUCACAGCUCACGGGAGUUGUUUCACCGGCUCCCCCUUCAUUAAAUUCAAAUGUGUUAUUUUUGGGACUCGGAUUUACUUAGACCACAUAUACUUAUCAACUAAGGCAACAGAAACACAGCAGCUCCUCUGUCCCUGUGAUCUUAAAACGCUAAUUGACUGGAGUCUGGUGUGGGGGGAGUGGGCGGUUUGGAAGGCGAGACUAACUUCACUUUUACAUACAUUUCUAUGAUGGCAGUGGACUGGAUUGGAUUCAGCUAUGCGGCAGUUAUCGCCUUUGGAGGCUUCAUGGGAUACAAGAGGAAAGGCAGCGUGAUGUCCCUGGUGGCUGGUUUGGUCUUUGGUUCAUUAUCAGCAUAUGGGGCCUUUAACACCUCGAAUGACCCAAAGGACAUUAAGGUGUCAUUGCUUUCUGCUGGAGUCCUCGCUUUAGUGAUGGGAACAAGAUACAAGAAAUCUGGAAAAAUCCUCCCUGCCGGCAUAAUGUCAGGGCUGAGUUUGUUGAUGGUGUUUCGACUUUUGCUCCUGAUCAUGGUGUGACCGCAGAAACGACAUUGAGGAACUGAGAGAGGACAAGCUCAGUCAGCUCUAAAGGAAGUCAAAUCAUUCCAAUUUAACACACUAAAUCAAAGUCUGUUGUAUGUUUAGAGUCAGUGUGUAGUCACAGUGCUGUGCCAAAGUCUCCACCAGCUUUGUUGUUUUUAUGUCUUGUCAAAUUCUGUCAUGGUUGGAAUUUAGAUGUGACUGAAAGCUGGUCUUAUUUAUGAGCAACUUGUCAAUGUUUAACUCACACAACAUGUGUUGAAUAGACCUUUGAAAUAGGGCAUAUAACCCACAACGUUAAUUAUGGUUUCACUCCAGGUUUAAAAAAGCCAGGGUCGUUUUCUGAAUAUUGCUUAAACACUGCAAACAUGUUUCCUGUUUUUUUUCUGGAUGUGUUCCAAUAAAGGGUUUGAGAAAGAGUUUUACUGUACAGUCAUGAUAACAUUACUACAACAACAGAGCUUUAAUGGUGGACUUUUGCACAGUACUGUAAUUCUGAACCCUCAUGUAUGUAAUUUAAAAAUACUCCCCAGGACUGUGGGCUUCUGCCACUUCCACUUAUCGGCUGAUAAGAUACUUUCAUUAACAAGCAUUUGAACAAGUGUCUUUUUUAUUUUUGUUAAUGGCUAAAAGUCUAAAAUACACCAGUCUGCCAAAACAUUAAAACUAGUUCUGUAUUUUAAUGUGUGACCAGUAGAGUGUAGGAGUUUUCGAGAUGGCAGUAUUGCAGUGUCGUUGAUGCGAGCUGCUGGUAAACCCCAUAGAAGAAGAACCUUGUAUAUACUGUACAAGGUUCUUCCAGGUGGUGUUAAACAGAUAUAGAUGAACUCUAAUUGCAGUAUUUUUUUAAUCAUGUAUAAGUCAAAUGUUUUUGUUAAUGAGCUCGUGAUUUGCAUUUAUUUGUUUGU